UUUGCCAGCAGGGGGAUGCCUGGAAAAGUGUAUGUUUUUGGCUGAUAUUUAGAUCUAUGAUCAUGAGGGGUUUAGACUUUUGAGAAGAACGUCAAGACCUGUGGAUAUAUAACAGGCCUAUUUUUGCCAUGCAAUAUGACCAGUAGAUGACACAAGUAUUUAUAGAAGGCUACGUAUGAAGAGGUAACCAUUGACAGUGACACGUCCACUCCAAAAUACAAUUCCAGUAGACCUCUAUUCACCUCCCCUGGUACCUGACUCCUCGAGCAGUGUUUGGUGACCAUGUUAAGUGAAUGAAACCGUAAAAAUAGACUUGACAACUUGAUCCCUUCUGCCAUCCUCUGAAUGAAGUUAAUAAAUAUGGCGAUCUGUCAGUGCGAAGUCGGCCUAGGCUACAUUGCGUACGAGCAGAUGGACUUCCCACCAAUGACAUUUGGGUUACUCACCGACCUGCCCACUUGACUGGAGUUAUGCUUCCUCAUCUAGCCUGUCCUGCGGUGUGUGUGGAUGUCCCGCACCACUGACUAACAGCGGUUUCGGCACGGUCUCUAACAAUGGACUUUGAAACGAAGAUUUAUACCAGAAUCGGUGGAUAUGGACGAUAUAACAGAAUUGUUUCCAUAUUCAGCUGGUUUCCGAACUUUGCUGUGACGCUGAACCUUUUUUGCGACGUUUUUUACACUCUGAUUCCCGGGUCGUACCACUGUAAACCCGACCCGACUCUUUUACCUUCAGAUUUUCUUUUCAGUAAUUAUUCCAGACAAGGGUAUCUCAAUUUUACCAUACCGUGGGUGAAUGGCUCUGGACUGAGUCACUGUGAACUUUAUAAGUACCCUAGAAACGUCUCCAACUUCAUAGACAGCAUUCCAAAGGAGAUAGUGCCAUGUACGAGAGGAUGGGAGUACGACCAAGCUGCGGCGCUUCAGAGCAACUACGUGACAGUGUGGAACCUAGUGUGUAGGGACUACUGGAAGAUUCCUCUGCAGCACAUCUGCUUCAUGACAGGGUGGAUUGUGGGAUAUGUCCUCCUGGGCACCGUGUGUGACUGGUUGGGUCGUCGACAGGGCUUCCUGCUGUCUGUGUCUCUGUCCGGUCUGUUAGGAGUAGCUGUGUGUCUGUCCAACAGCUCUGUAGUGUUUCUGCUGCUACGCCUGUCUCAGGGCGCCAUGUUGGCUGGGGUCUUCCUCUCCUCUUACCUCGCCAGACUGGAGCUGUGUGAUCCUCCCCAUCGUCUCAUGGUUGAAAUGGUCAGCGGUUUCUUUGCCAUCGCGGCAGAGCUCUUGUUGCCAGGGCUGGCGGUGCUGUGUCGUGAUUGGCCAGUUCUUCAAGCAGUGGCUACCUUGCCACUGCUCCUGCUGCUCUCCUAUUGGUGCUGUCCAUCAGUGUUUCCCGAGUCUCCACGCUGGCUUCUGGCCACAGGUCAGAUCCACCAGGCUAAGAGGUGUCUCCAGAGCUUCUCCAUCAGGAACAGAGUGUGUCUCGGUGAGGACAUCUACCCUGCGGAGAACCUGCUCUCAGAGAUCGAUGCGGAGUGCCCAGAUGAUACUCAGCCUUUCUACCACUCAGUCCUGGAGUUGCAUUCCACCCGAGUGAUCUGGAGGAACUGCCUCAUCCUUAGCUUUACUAUGUUCAUAGGCACAGGCAUCCAAUACUGUUUCAUCAGGAACCUCCACAGCUACUCCCAUAACUUCUUCUUUAGUUACUUCCUGCGUGUGCUGACUGGAGCUCUGGGAUGUAUCUUCCUCUGCCUGUCCGUCAACCGCUUUGGUCGCCGUGGUAUCCUGCUUCUGUCUGCCAUUAUCACCGGCCUGUCCUCGCUGCUGCUGCUGGCCCUCACACAGUAUCUGCGUGGUGUGCUGGUGUUGUUGCUCUCUGUGCUGGGGCUCCUCUUCUCCCAGGCCUUGGCCAUGCUCAGUGUAUUCUUCGCCAGUGAGGUCAUGCCCACCGUAAUCCGUGGUGGUUGUCUGGGGCUGGUGCUAGCGUCUGGCUGUAUGGGGAUGGCUGCCUCCUCUAUGAUGGAGCUCCAGAACAACAGGGGUUACUUCCUCCACCACGUCAUCUUCGCCUCCUUCGCCGUCCUCUCGGUGCUGUCCAUCAUGCUGCUGCCGGAGAGCAAGCGCAAGCCGCUACCCGACUCCCUGAAGGAUGGAGAGAGCCAGCGACGGCCCCCUCUCUUCCUGUCCCGUGAAGACAACCUGCCCCUGCUCUGUACCCGGCGUGGAGCCUCUGAGUACAACCCUGAUAACUACUCCCGCCUGGUCUCCGCCACCAGGAAGAUGCUCAUCAAAGACAAUUUACCCUAUAAGAUCGUUGUGCCCUCCCAGUCCCCACUGUUGCCUUCCAACAGCGAGGUGCACUGCAUACUGGAGGAAGAAGCACUAAGAGAGGACUUGUCUUAGCAGCCUCUAACUGCCAUCAUCCAUCCUCCUCUCCCACAGAAAGACCUCGCCUCAAAUCCACUGAAUAUCUCUCCCCACCACACUGAGACGGUGUGAUCCAGACUCGUAUCGCUAUGAACGACGGGUCUUCUUGGAUAUUUUGAAGGGGAGGAGAGUUUGAGAUGUGUGUAUUUGCUGUGUCAGUGUUCUGUUGUGCCAAAUGUUUCAAAUAAUACAAAAAAACGAUGUGUGUGUGCGCUUGCACAGACUCUGCUGAAAGACUGUGUGCUAGUCCUUUGUUUUUGUACUGAUGGAGAUCUGCUGUUUCUAAGACAGUGUUAACACCCUCUCUUCUCCAGGUUGUGCAGCAAGGACCUAUGACUUUAUUAUCCACUAAGCCUAAAGGCUCACUUGAGAAGCGUUGCUUGUCCACUUAACUGGUGACUUGUGCUUUUCAUUACUGCAGAGCGAAAGAGCGAGAGCAGAGUCCUGACUGUUACUUAAUCUGAUUCACUGGGGACUCAACGAGGGGAACUCACAGAUAGAAGUCCGUUUGGCUCACACUGGAAUGUGUUGUAGCCAAUUGUUUGAUUUUGGCGGGGAACUCGAUGAAGUAUCAGUCACUGAUAAUAUCGCCAAAGCUAUGACCUUAGCAAUGAAAAGUCAUUCCAUCCUGUCCACUUGUUGAACAUGUGUUAAGAACAUGAGGUGUUGUCACGUGAUGAUGCACCCGGAACAGAGUUCUGAGAUAAAGAGUUGUUUUUAGAUGAUUGAAAUGUGAUUAGGUCAUGACCUCUACUCUGAGUCAUUAUAAACUGGUUGGCUCGAGCCCUGAAUGCUGACAGCUGUGGUAUAUCAGACAAUAUACCACAGGUAUGACAAAACAUGUAUUUUUACUAACCUAUUAAUAAUAGCAAUAAGGCACCUCCCCUUAUUACUUAAUUAUAACCUUUCAAGUGCGACUUUAUCUUAUAUUAGUUGUCACAUCCAUCUCUCUGCCUUAAACUGUGAGCUUCCCUGUUAAAAAAAAGGCAGUUGCUAGGACAUGAUACUUAACAUUCUAUGUAAUUUAGCUGAAAAUACAUUUGAUCAACUAUUAAACCACUUUUCACUGCCCUCUUUGGUAUUUGACUGUGGUUUGAGGUUUGCGUUGUUGUCCCUCUGGCCUGGCUGUGAAACUGUUUUACAUUAUAUUGUUGGAUAGGAUGUUUACUCUUAUUAUCCCAACUCAUUUUGUUUUAAUGUUUCAUCCCCCUCUCUUUUGCUUGCAUGGGAACAUAAACUUCCUGUACUGGGGGCUAUCUGGAAAAACUUUACCCCACAGCUGACAAUAUUCUGUCCUUCUAAAGAUACUUUGUAUAUAGAAUUAUAUACAAAGUAUUAUAUUUUCAGCUAUGAAUAAGUUGUUUAACUCUCAAAAGUUACAUUUGAUUUAUUUGGAAGCUGAGGCCAUACAAUGUUCAUUCACAGUUUGCCCGUCUUCACGUUUCAUAGAAAACUUGAAUAAAAAUGUCCUCUAGCAUCAAGUAAAGAGAUGAACUUCCUUUCAGAUUAUGGAAAACUAAAUGUCCCUUAGACCCGGCCAGUACAUUUUCAACAAUGCUAUUCCACAUCAAUGGGGUCUUAACGAGGUCACUGGGUGUUGAACUAAGGUUGCUGUCGUAUUUUUAGGAAGCUGAUCCACUUCUAUUUUGAACUUUUAUUUGCUUGCUUGCUCGCCUCACUUUUCAAAAAUGAAUUCCGUUAAACAGUUAAUCAAGUUUGAAUGGCCUAAACUGAAACUGUAUUGCGUUCUGCCCUGUUCAUGUCUGAUACAAUGCUUACCACAAGAUGGUGCUGUUCUCUCAUGUAUUGAAUGUACAAAAUCUACCAUUUGUCUUUCUCAACUGGGUGUCAUGUUUGAUUAUCAACAAAGUCUGAUUUUUGUAUUUUGAAGAAUUGGAAAUGUUAUGAUUGUAAAUAAGAUAAGAAUUGCCAGGUGCUUGGAGUUAGUUCAAACACACCAUGGCCGAACAGCCUCGUUCAUGACGUCUUUUUGUACAGCAUUCUCAAAAUGAUUGAGCCAGAUGGGAUAAUAGACACUGUUGUUGAAUGAAGCACACCGUUCUUGCCUGGCCUUGAGUUUAUUUUGUAAAUGUCAAAAUGAGGUUAAUUGUGCUCAUUGGACAGUGUUCCAUGAAUGUUCUAGGGCUGUAUAGGAACAGGGAAAAGAUGACUGAAGUACAGCAGUUGUCUCAGCCAGGGCCUGAGAAAAUCACAUCUGGAACAGCCUAUCAAUCAUUUGGGAUGCUCACUGUUGUCUCUCAUCCAUGUCUCAACCAUAAACCCUCCUCCGAAAGCUUUUCAGUCAGUUUAGUAUUUCCUUAGUCACAUGUCUCAUGGUACAACACUAAAAUCAAAUAAAAUCUAAUGA